AUGGCGUCUCCCACACGUGUUGCAUCCCGUCAUGUAUGGGCAUUACUCCUCCACUCUUUUAGUUAGAUGUACGUUUUGAUGUGGUUAAUGGCUAGCUCCAUUUUAUUAUUUUGUUCAUGUGGACUGAACCACAGUGUUAUCGCGUAUGAUGGAAAUGGUUUAAAGCCAUGAUGCAGAUAUGUAAAUAGUGUUGUUGAGUAAUACUGGUACUGUUUUGUAUUAAGUCCUGGUGCUAGCAGCAUCUUUACAGUAAAUGUGCACAGUAGAUGCAAUAUAAAUUAAAUGACCAAAAAUGGAAUUUGGCACAAAGGAGAAGUAUUAAAGGGGAAUUGCAGAGAUGACAGAAAGUGUGCUAUUGUCAAAAUGUAAUGAUGACCGAAUGUUGUUUACUGUAUUUUGUUUUCUAUUGAAUGUAAUAGGAAGUGAUAUUGAAUAUUGAAUGUUCUAUGGACGUGGAAAUGUUAAAGUCUAGAUAGACAGGGAUACAGACAGUGUUAUUGAAUGCUGGGUGAAUGAAUAAUAAAAGGACAAUGCAGAAAGUACUAGUUAGAGAGGGAAUUUAUGGUGAAUUAUGAAUGAUUGUGAAUAAACAGACCGAAACAGGAGCUCGGUGAAACGCUACACAUCUCAACUGUCUCCUUCCUUAAUAACCUAUUUGCCUGUUUUCCAGGUAUUUUAUAUCUGUUGUUUGGUGCCACAUCCUGGUACCUGCAACAAUAACGUCUUUUUCAGUCAAACUUUCGACCAAUUACAUCAUUUUUGCUCCAUAAACUGACAGCUGACCAAAAAUACCAAAAUACAGCUGGGAGUUCGAAGGGUUAACUCCGUUUUUAUGUUUUAGGUUGGUACCCUGAUGCUGAGCACCACUGGGAAAACUCUCCAUCAGGACUUUUCCUGCUUCAUCCCGGGCUCCGUGGAGCGGGUCGAGAGGGUUAGGAACCAUGCCUUCAACCACUACCGCUGCCGUGACGACGCCCUGGCCAACCGAAUGCUCAUGAACGGUGCCAUGAUCGACGGAGCCCACGUGCAGGUGUCGCUCGCCAAACCGGCCAGCAUGAAAGGCGGCGGCGUUCCUUGGAGGUUAGGAACUCCAACUCCAACCCUAACCCUAACCCUUCCUCCUCAGGGUGUCCGGGCUCAGCCUUAGAGAUAGGGUAAGGAGCUCGGACACUCGGGAGAAGUUCAGAGGAGAACUGCUGCUCCUCCACGUCAGGAGGAGCAGACGCCUUCAGGGUCUGAAUCAGGAGUUUUUAAGCUCUGAUAGACCAAGUUCUGGUUUUUGAAGGUGGACUUAAGCGGACAAAGUUUGACCCCUCAGUCAUAUUCUGGAGGACUGUGUCGACUGUGUAGGAAGAGUUUCCAACACAAACCAACACUUCCUCAAAUAUCUUCAUGUUCUCAGAUGUAGAGACGUUUGAUCAGGAGGACAGAGCUGAUAGACUUCAUGAGGAGCUGACCAAAAAUACCAAAAUACAGCUGGGAGUUCGAAGGGUUAACUCCGUUUUUAUGUUUUAGGUUGGUAACCUGA